AGAGAGAGAAAGGGAAAAACUCCUCAAGCACCAAGAGCUUCCCAGCCAUAUGUGCAUAAAAAUUUCUUCCCGUGCCACGUGACAAGAGGAAGAGGCGCAGACCCAUUACACAAUAAUAAAAAUAUGCCUUUAGCAACGUUGAGCCAAAACGUGGAGCUGAUGCAGGAAGCUAGCAAUCCACACAAAAAGGAGUAAAACGGUAAUAAAACAGAAAGACCAAAGUCACUAUUGCACACCCCUCGGAAGGACACCGCUGUGGCAGGACGGGGCUUGGGCUCUGCGUGUGACAGCGACCUGCAGCAAAACAUCUGCUUGAAACUGUGUAGGUUUCCAGCGCCUGUCAAGAACCCACUGAAGAGAUUAAUUGUGGCUGCGCCAUGAUCUCUGCUGUCCUCCUCCUCUGGACUGUGCCUUGCGUGGCAAACCACAUCCUUGGGGGCUUUGCCAAGGGAGCACUGCAGGAAGGGCCACAGCUAGCAUGCAGCCUGCCGGGACCCCCCGGGCCACCUGGCCCCCCCGGCGCACCCGGGGCUCCAGGGACGGUCGGCAGGAUGGGCUUCCCGGGCAAAGAUGGCAAGGACGGCAGGGAUGGCGAUAAAGGCGAGCACGGUGACGAAGGUCCACAAGGCAGAACAGGAAACCCCGGCAAGCCAGGACCGAAGGGGAAAGCAGGAGCUAUUGGCAAGGCUGGCCCACGAGGACCCAAAGGUUUAAAGGGUAAUCCUGGAAAAACGGGGGCACCAGGAAAGAAAGGGCCCAAAGGGAGCAAGGGUGAGGCGGGGAUGCCAGGACCCUGCACCUGUAAUGCCAACAAAGCCAAAUCUGCCUUCUCUGUGGCGGUCUCAAAGAGCUACCCCAGGGAGAGGCUGCCCAUCAAAUUUGACAGGAUCCUAAUGAAUGAGGGAGGACAUUACAACGCUUCCAGUGGGAAAUUCAUAUGCAGCAUCCCAGGUAUUUACUACUUCACUUAUGAUAUCACUUUGGCCAACAAACAUUUGGCUAUCGGCUUGGUCCACAACGGGCAGUACCGGAUCAAGACUUUUGAUGCCAACACUGGGAACCAUGAUGUUGCCUCUGGAUCAACCAUCCUUUCUCUGAAGCAGGAGGAUGAGGUAUGGCUGCAAAUCUUUUACUCAGAACAAAAUGGGCUCUUUUACGAUCCCUACUGGACAGACAGCUUAUUUACUGGCUUCCUGAUAUAUCCUGAUCAAGAUUAUCUCAAUGAAGUAUAGAAUGAGAAACAAGCCUCUGGGAAAAAGGAGGAAAUUAAUGAGAAUUCAGUCCAGCAAAGUGCAGCCUGUACAUGGACAUGUGUGGAAUUACCAUACAAGUCUACAUUUUUGGCGCUAACAGCCUGCAUUGGCUAUUUAGAUAUUUACUUGAUGUCAUCCAUUAGUCCGCAGGGUACUGGGACCAGUAGGACUCACCUUUAAGCAGCCUCAUGAAUCUCUCAAUCUUGAAGCCACCCAUCUGACAUUUUCCAUAACGUUUCCGACAUGCCACGGACAUGUAACUCAAAUACUGGUGCAGAAUGCUUUCAUUAUGACAUAUUACUAUAAAGCAUGGAAACCAACAACCAUGUCCUGAAAGCUGAGUUCAGAAGUGCCAUUGAUGCUGGAGAGUGUAUCCCUGCGCCUCCCCCCCGACACCCCCCUAAUAGUAAUAAACCUUGGUAAUACAGAGUUACACUUUGCCAACUACUUAAGAGUCAGGAAGUUGUCAGCCGAAGCUGUAAGAGUAGUUCUCAGCCUCAUCAAAGCAGUACUAAUAAGCAAAGGCACCUGGUCUAAAUAGGGAAUGACACAAAAGAGAGCUGUCCUUUUGAAGGUUAAAGGUAAGGCUCCUCGUAAGACACAAGCUGUUGCACUGAGCUCCACUGGCGUUUCUCAGACUUCAGCCUCGAUACACCAGUGCUGGAGUCCUGUAUCUGGUUUUAGACCAGUGUUGGCAAGCUGUCACCAGCGCCUAAACUGGACUGUGCAAGCCAAGUAUCUGUGUGGGCUUCCGAGCCACGGUGGAGGAUGAACUUUACAGAUAAGACUCAACUGUCAAAGACAGCAGGAACCUUCACCAGCAGAAACAGGUUAAUUGAUAGUCCCUCUCCUUCAUCCCUGCCAGCUUUUGCUGGAAGGAGGUACAUGUGGUGCUGCUGAGAUCCUCCUCAAGGGCUUGAUGCUGCAGCUAGACACUACCUUACUGCUGCUUUGCUUUUUUGAUGUUGUAUGUCAGAUAUUACAGGUGCUUCAGAAGCAAUGUUUUGGUUCUAAACUGUAUGGAAAAAAACGCUGAGAAGUCAGAAGCUGAACUUUUGCUCAGCUGAGCUUUUUGCUUUUGCUAAGCUGAGUUUAGCCAUUUUUUUUUUUCCUCCUCUGUAUCAGCUAUUACAGGGACAUGCUCCAAAAUGGUUUGCUAUUGCCAGAGGAAGGAGUUCUCGUGCUACACAGCCACUCAGGCUGGCUGCCUUGCCCCAGGGUGUCCAACAAUCCUGUAACACAGAGCUCUCUCUCAGCAGCCAGAUGGAAGGAGUCUCUUCCUCACUGUCAGGUGCAUCUUCCUGGUGUCCAGUCAUACUUCUCAUCUCCUUUAUCACUUGAUGAAAAUUCUCAUGAACUUCCAGCUCCUCUAAUCCUCAUAUUUAGGCAUUGAAGGGAUAUCCCGUAAGAACAAAGAUUUUUCUUUUUCAGUCUUACUUUCACAGCUCCAAAUAUUUGCAUGAUGUUUAUGAAGUACAGUAAUUGUUUUAUAUCUUACAAAAGUCUUUUCAAAUACAUUUUAUAAAAUAAAGCUGAACAAAAGUACUGCUGGAAU